AUGGUUAGGGAAAACCAGCUCGUAUCCAAACCCGAAAACAAUGACAGUUACUGUCGUCCCUGCGAUCGGGUGUUCAUUUCACUCGAUGGAGGUCUGAAUCACUGCCGCAAUGCCGAUGCCCACCGAGGAGAGUGGUGCGAGCGGUGCAAGUGGUUAUUCGUCUCACCUCAGGCAUGCCAGUAUCAUGUGGACAAUUCCCACCGGCAUAACGUCUGUGUGCCUUGCGACCUGGACUUUGGUACCGCCGCACUGCUCAGAUCGCACGACGUCGAAGUCCACAACAUGUGUGCGGAAUGUGGCAAAUACUUCAACAACCCCAAUGAUCUGACACAGCACAAGCGAAGUCAUCUCCCUUUGAAGAUCGAGUGCCUCGGCUGCGACCGCAUGUUUUCGGAAUUCGCUGCCAUGAUGAUCCAUCUGGAAUCGGGCAAGUGUGUGAGUGGGAUUGAUAGGGACGAUGUCGACAACUAUAUCUUCGACACUUACGAGAGAUGCGGCACCUAUGUCAAUCACUGGCUCGACGACAAGCGAUAUCAGUGUCCCGACUGUGCAACCGACUUCCGCUUCGCGAGUGCUCUGUGCCAGCACGUGGCGACCAACGGAUGCGAUCAGCCGCCGAUGAGUACCUUUCACGACAUUGAAAAGAGUAUCAAGUUGCGAAUCUAG